UCGAGGUCUUAGCAAGCAGCAAGGCGCGCCGUAUUUCGCGCCAGAAGACAAGUUAUAAACAACGGAGAUCGAGAGGUGAGUCCAACCACGGGGGAAGUUGGCGGUGCAUCAGCGAGGGAAUUUUGACAGAAUUUUAAGAAAGACCGAAUCAUCAAAUAGGUCUACCUACAAAAUGGCAGAUAUAGAUGCAGUGCUCAAGGAAACAGGAAAAGAAAAUCUGGUCGAUGCCAUGACCGGUGUAUGUGUAGAUACCAAAGAUGCCACUACCAGUCCUCAAGGGAAUAAAUCUAAGAAGAUGCAUCUUGAACCACCUCACGAUGAGCUUCAAUAUCUUCAGUUGAUUCGUCGAAUCAUUGAUGAGGGACAAACGAAGGAUGAUCGUACUGGCGUUGGAACCAGAUCCAUCUUUGGUGUCCAGAGCAGAUACAAUCUCAGAGGUCAAUUCCCUCUUUUGACGACAAAAAGAGUCUUCUGGCGAGGUCUUGCAGAGGAAUUGCUGUGGUUCAUCAGAGGAUGUACUAGCGUCAAAGCCCUCACGGAUAAGAAUGUCCACAUCUGGGAUGCCAAUGGCUCGCGGGAGUUUCUAAACAAACGUGGCCUGAGCCACUAUGAAGAAGGUGAUCUUGGCCCUGUUUAUGGUUUCCAAUGGCGUCAUUUUGGUGCUGAGUACAAGACUAUGCAUGAUGAUUACACAGGACAAGGCGUAGAUCAAUUAGCCAAUGUCAUCCAUCAGAUUAAGACCAAUCCUAACGACAGACGCAUUAUUAUGAGUGCUUGGAAUCCAUGUGAUCUGGAUAAAAUGGCCCUCCCACCAUGCCAUGCCUUUGUGCAAUUUUAUGUCGUCAAUAAAGAACUGUCUUGUCAGCUCUAUCAACGAUCUGGAGACAUGGGGCUUGGAGUACCUUUUAACAUUGCCAGUUACUCCCUACUGACCUACAUGAUUGCUCAUGUAACUGGCUUAACUCCAGGGGACUUUGUACAUACCAUUGGUGAUGCACAUGUUUAUAAAAACCACAUUGAUGCUCUUGAAGAACAGCUUAAACGUCAGCCUCGCCCGUUCCCCACCCUUAACAUCAAGAGGAAAGUGGAAAACAUUGAUGACUUCACCAUGGAAGAUUUUGAGAUCUGUGACUACAAACCACAUCCUAAGAUUACCAUGGAAAUGGCUGUUUAAGACUGGUUGAAAUUUUCAAAAUGAAUAAUUUGGUUGAUUUUCAUAUUUUGAAUACAUGGACUAUGCAAACUUCCUAUGACAAACCAAAUUGCUGAAUCAGGAUUACGUCUUUAAGCUGGACCCUACUAAACUAAACUUGGACUUAGAGCUACUAAAACACGCUAACAUUCCUAUGCAACAUGCUUGAAUGCUCUCGGCAAAAUAUGCUCAGGGUGAAGGGAAUUUACUUAGAUAUUUGGUUUGUGACCAAUGCCAGUGUGCUCAGCAAUCAACAUUAGAUCUUUGAAAUCAGAUCUUUUGUAAGAACUGCGUGUAUUCUAAGGGCUGCAGCCUCUUUAAUGCACAACAAAAGCAAAAUGUCUUCCAGUGAAGUGAUGUUCUUCAACUUCACAUUGUCUUUUUAAUGUACAGCACAAGGAUGACAUUUCUCCAAAGUAUAUAUGAAACCUGUGAGCAGUAUCAUAGAUUUUUUGUAAUUUCAUACAUUAUGUUCAUAUUUUGUGAUAUUUUCUAGGCUUUCUGGACGUUCUAGUUGUGAGAAGUAUACGUGGUCUCAGCAAGUACAUCUUGAUAUUGAAAGUAUUUACAGUCCAUUGCACACGGCAAGUUUGAUCAAAGACUGCAGUUAACCAUAGUUGGACUAACUUUGAAUGCAUGCUAGUCAAUGGUUUGACUAGUCUAGUCAGCUAUUCGUGACCAGCCUAUCGAGAUUGGUCGCAUCAUUGGUUGCUAUAAAGAGAGGACCAGUGAUAAGAAAAAUGCACAUGCUUGUCACCAGUAAACGACCAUUUUCACUUGUAUUUCUGCCAGUUUGCCCUUGGGCUUCGUGCGGCCAACCUUUCUCCCCUUCUGCCUGGAGACCUGACAGUGGCUGACAAGGGUCGCUCACACUUCAACUUUACCACACAUGCGCUAGGUAUGUCACAAACUGACGUCUAGUCAACUGGUGGUCCCUGAUCAAACUUGGCCAUUGUUGCUAAUCUACACAGGUAUAUUUACACUGUCUGAUUUUCACAUGAAAUAUGGAUGGUUUUUCCCAGCAAAAUUUCAUGUUAUGAAGGUGAACCAAAAUGUUAAACCAUUAGAGAAGGUUUUUGCUGUUCAUAUCUAUGACAAUACUAAUGUACAUCCACUUUUAUGCAUAAACCCUGAUAGUUCUCAAUCCUUGGCCAGUGGAGAAUUGAAAACUAUUGGGGAUGAGGUAGAUUAGUAGAUUUGCUUUAUUUGAAUACUUUUUGUACUUCUGUAGUCCUUUAAGGUUUUGGACAAUUUGAUCAUCAAAUGACAUUUGAAAUCUAUGCAGUCUGUUCUCAAGAGUGCAUGUGGGCGUUGUUACACUCUGCAAUAAUGGCAAUACAUUUUAAAUGGGUCGAGCUUAAUCUGGGGAAAGUUCAUUUUAAAGUUCGGUGCUGCUCACAAACUAACAGAAACCAAAUACAUGCACAUGUAAAUCGUUUUUGACAUCGAGAAGUUCAUUUUAUUCUCCACAGGAGAAAUUUGUACAUACAUAUAUUUGUACCGUUACAGGUUUUGCUGUUUCACCUGUCUCACAUAGUUUAAAACUCUCCCUAUCUUUAUAGUUGUGAAUAUUAAAAGAAACGGUGCUAAACGUUCA